GCUGUGUUUCUCAACUGAGGAAUGAUUCCAAUCCCUGACCCCAGGAGACAUUUGGCAAUGUCUGGAGACAUUUUUGUUAUGACUGGAGAGAGAGGGGGUGGCUACAGGCAACUAGUGUGUAAACGCCAGGGACACGGCUAAAUAUCCUAAAAUUCACAGGACAGCCCCUCUGACUUAAAAGACUUAGCAGGCCCAAAAUAUCAAUAGGGCUGAGGUUGCUAACCUCUGGUAUAGAGCCAGCAAAAUAUCUUCUAGAAGAGACAGGGAAGUGGGUAAAGCUUGGUUUGGGGAUGAGGGAGUGGUUAGGGAAGAGUUUAGUAAAGAGAUAAAGACGGGGGUGUAGGGGAAGGGAAACUCCCAGCCGAAGGGACAAUAUGUACAAAGCUGCAGAAGAGUGACAUAUUUGGGCAAUCCCAAACAUCGGGGAAAGAGCUGUGGUCAUUAAGGCUGGACAGCUAGGCAGGAGCCAGACGUGUAAGAAAUCAUAUCGAGUUAGAGGAAUUACUGUAAGAAAAACUGUUUGGCUCUAUGGUGGCUCUUUAUAAGUCACACAGGAGCAUAGUGCUGGGACAUCUCUCUGCGGGCGAAAACUGCUGAAGAAAGCUGUAUGAAAGAAAGCUCAUCCUGCUUUCUUAGGGCCUGGUGUUUUCCAGGCCUGUGUUACUGUCUCAGAGACAAAGUCAGGGCUGCUUCACUGGAAUAUGAGAGGUGAACUAGCUCUCUAUUAAAGCCACUCAGCUGGUGUCUUGAUGGUGUGAUGGGAUCACGAACAGGGGUGAGGUGGUUAUUUUUCAUGAGUUAGGCUUAAUAUAGGCUGCUGCUGACGUGUAUUUCCUCUUUCAUAGAGCAUCCCUCGUCCAGAAAUGGGGAGCUAUGAACCUUAAGAUUAGACUACCAGUUUGAAUCUAAAUGAGCUGCCCUCUUCUCCUACAAAAGAAAAGUUGGGCAGGUAGGGUAUUGUAAUGAGGGUUUCUCUUUCUCUUAAGCAAAUGAUGAUCAAAGCAACUGACAAACUGUCACGGAAUCUGCCAGACCUCACUCUGGCCUUGCUGCUUCUCUCCAGCUCCUGAACUUUUCUUCCUUUUGUCAUGCUCUGAGCCCAUUCCUUGAAAACUAACAGGUCCCUGACUUCUGGUCUGCAGACAUCCUGGGCCUGCCGAGCUCUGAUUCAAGUGCCUGCCUCUGCUCCUUGGUGGGCUGAAGCUUCAUGGAGGUAUCCUCCAACCCCUCCUCCAACAUCGAUCCAGGCAACUAUGUUGAAAUGAACGAUUCAAUCGCCCACCUACCUUCUAAAGUGGUGAUACAAGAUAUUACUAUGGAGCUACACUGCCCACUGUGCAACGAUUGGUUCCAUGACCCACUGAUGCUAAGCUGUGGCCACAACUUCUGUCAAGCCUGUAUCCAAGACUUUUGGAGGCUGCAAGCAAAGGAAACAUUCUGUCCUGACUGUAAGAUGCUAUGUCAGUAUAGCAACUGUACAUUCAACCUUGUACUGGACAAGUUGGUAGAGAAGAUUAAGAAGUUACCCCUACUCAAGGGCCAUCCACAGUGCCCAGAGCAUGGAGAGAACCUGAAACUGUUCAGUAAACCAGAUGGGAAACUGAUCUGCUUUCAAUGCAAGGAUGCUCGGUUGUCUGUGGGGCAGUCUAAGGAGUUCCUGCAAAUCUCUGAUGCUGUCCAUUUCUUCACGGAGGAGCUUGCCAUCCAACAGGGUCAACUGGAGACAACUCUGAAGGAGCUUCAGUCCCUGAGGAACAUGCAGAAGGAAGCUAUUGCUGCUCACAAGGAAAACAAGCUACAUCUGCAGCAACAUGUGUCCAUGGAGUUUCUAAAGCUGCAUCAGUUCCUGCACAGCAAAGAAAAGGACAUUUUAACUGAGCUCCGGGAAGAGGGGAAAGCCUUGAAUGAGGAGAUGGAGCUGAAUCUGAGCCAGCUUCAGGAGCAAUGUCUCUUAGCCAAGGAUAUGUUGGUGAGCAUUCAGGAAAAGACGGAACAACAGAACUCCUUCGACUUUCUCAAAGACAUCACAACUCUCUUAGAUAGCUUGGAGCAAGGAAUGAGGGUGCUGGCAACCAGAGAGCUUAUUUCCAGAAAGCUGAACCUUGGCCAGUACAAAGGUCCUAUCCAGUACAUGGUAUGGAGGGAAAUGCAGGACACUCUCUGUCCAGGCCUAUCUCCACUAACUCUGGACCCUAAAACAGCUCACCCAAAUCUGGUGCUCUCCAAAAACCAAACCAGCGUCUGGCAUGGUGACAUUAAGAAGGUAAUGCCUGAUGAUCCAGAGAGGUUUGACUCAAGUGUGGCUGUGCUGGGCUCAAGAGGCUUCACCUCUGGAAAGUGGUACUGGGAAGUAGAAGUAGCAAAGAAGACAAAAUGGACAGUUGGAGUCGUCAGAGAAUCCAUCAUUCGGAAAGGCAGCUGUCCUCUAACUCCUGAGCAAGGAUUCUGGCUUUUAAGACUAAGGAACCAAACUGAUCUAAAGGCUCUGGAUUUGCCUUCUUGCAGUCUGACACUGACUAACAACCUCGACAAAGUGGGCAUAUACCUGGAUUAUGAAGGAGGGCAGGUGUCCUUCUACAAUGCUAAAACCAUGACUCACAUUUAUACCUUCAGUAACACUUUCAUAGAGAAACUUUAUCCCUACUUCUGCCCCUGCCUUAAUGAUGGUGGAGAGAAUAAAGAACCAUUGCACAUCUUACAUCCACAGUAAUGAGUCAUACUAUUAUACAAAUUCAGAGUGUUAUUAAAGAGGUAUUGAAAUAUUUUA